AUGGGUAACAGCUUUAGUAACAGUGAUUCAAGUAACCCUUCAAGCGACGACUCAAGCUCUGAAAAAGGCUAUAAAAGUUAUAAAGAGCUCCUCACUUUUACUUGGUAUGACACAAUAAAAAAGAAACUAAAAGAUAAUUCACUGGACAUACUAUCUGAAACAGAGCUUGAUAAUUUGAUAAAUAGCCUUGGAGAUGAAAAAAUAUUUCUAGAUCGGUAUCUCAACCUUAAAGAAAUCUACAAUGACGAAAAUUUGCAACAAAUCACUAAGGAUUUGCAGAAAUUACAUGAUUUUCAAGAAAAUAAUAUUAAACCAAGCGUGGAAGAGGGAAGGAAUCUGCUCAAUAAUCUAUUGCAACUUAGGAGAAAAUCCGACAAGUUCAAUGUUUAUUUGACUAUUAGUAAGCUUUCGGAUGGCCGUUCUGAGAGCCCAUAUCUUCGAUUUUUAGCAAAGCACGUGCUUAGAAACGAAUAUGGAAUGUUUCACAUUGGUUUAGAAGUAGAUGGAAUUGUUUUGGAAUGGGGAACUGGUGACGCUGGUCCUCACCUUAUUUAUCCAAAGAUCUAUGUAAAUCGAAAUAAUAUGAUUGCAUAUAUUCGUGUCAAUUAUGAAUCAAAUUUUAGUCAAGAAUUUAAUCAAAGAACUAAUAUAUACUCACAACUUUGGAAUACUUUAUGUCAAACUUUUCCUGACCCUUUAUCCAUUAUAACAACUACGUAUAGAAAGUUAUUAACUUUUGUUACAGAUAUUGGUGUUAUCCCUUCCGAAAAAUUACAAAUUAUUGCUCAAAAAUGUGUGUUUUGGAACAAGAAUAUAUAUUACAAUCCACUAAAUCGUAAUUGCCAACAUUUUAUCGAUGGAAUGCUUAAAGCACUUGGUCUAGAAUUUCAUCCUAAAGGCGAGUUCAAAAAAUUUCUAGAUCGAAUUAUUAAAUAUGCAGAUGAUAGCUUCUUAUUCCAAGAGAUAGAAUUCUUUUCGAGACAAGACCUUGAUCAAUACGCCGAUCAGAAUUGGGAUGAAAUUCAAAAUAUUUGGGAUAAAAGAUUACUUUUGUGUUAUUCAGAUAUGAUGAAAGGUUUAUAUGAACUUGACAAAAAUGACACAAAUGAUAAAAAGUCAAAAUGGGGUCCUAUGGAAAAUCAAGAAAGAUGGGAUCGAAGAGAGUAUGAGCUAAAACUGAUUAGCGUGUAG